UCGAGUCGGGAAAAACAGAGUGAGAGCAACACCGACGUCUUUCACAAACGCCGGCGCUUCGAACCGCGUACUGACGAAAAUGUUAAAGCUGCGGACGCGUUUGUAGUGUAGCCCGCGACAGUGGUGGGGAUAGAGCUUCUCUCGCGCUGUCACUCACUCAGUCAACGCUGAGCUUUCGCUGGAGGAGGUCGUAGCAGUGAUGCUCCUUCUUCGUGUUACCACCUUCAGUGUCGAGUGCUUUGACAUUUGAUUGAAAAUCGACACCUCAAGUGACUUGAUCCUCAUGUAUACGAGCUUCAUGGUUGUGUAUGUUGUGUCCUGUUGUGUUAUGAUUGAUUGUAUGAAGUGAAUUUUGCUUAAAAACUGGUUGGAACUGCGAAUUUGGCACCAUUUUGCGACAAUUGAGGAGAUUGGAGGACUCAGCUCCAAUUGGCAGGAUGCCCAGAAGAAAACAGGAUUGUCCCAAAAGGAUGAAAUGGGAAGGAGGAGAUGAAGGUUCCCCCGAAGAUGGAGAAAAAAUGGAGGGAGAUGAUGAAUCUGGCUCAAUAUCACCAGUUUCAGCAGUAUCUCCAUCCGCCCAAGAAGAGGAUGGUGCAUCACCAAAUCCUGAAUUACCUAGUCCUACGAGUCCCCGGUCAAUGAAUGAUGAGGGUCCUAUAAGGGAGAUGACCCCCUACAGAUGCACUUCCAAAGAGUCAGCCGAGAGUUUGAACCGUAGUCCAUCAGGAGAGUCUAUGCUAUCUGAUAGAGCAAACCUGCUUCAUAGAGCAGCCAUGCCACCAUCAGCACUUAGUCCACUUGGUGUACAACUUCCACCUACAUUACCAGUAGCAGCAGCCGCUGCGUUAUUACCUCCUCAAUCUGCUGCCAUGGCAGCUUAUCUGAACGCUGCUGCUGCAGCAGCUGUAGCCCAACAAUCUCACAGGCUGAUGAUGACCUCACCUCUACCCCCUGCUUUCAGCAGGUCUUCCAUAUCACCCUUGGUAACCUCGAGUUCAUCUCCGCCCGGUGCGUUCAACUCUUCCAUAAGCCCCUGUGAGAGAAACGUGCAAUCACCUCCUGACGAUGGAAUAUUAGACUUUAGCAGAAAAUCAAAACAUAGUGACGUUGAAAGUGAUACAGACGCUAUGAAUUUCAGCAAACCUGAAAGUCCUGCUCCAGAAGCUGGAAAUGGACCUCUUGAUUUGUCUUGUUACGGAAGAAAGAGGUCGUCGGAUGAAACGAGUUCUCAACCUCCAGCUCGCAAACCAAAAACAGAAUAUAAAAGUCCAAUCCCCCAAUGGCCUCCCUCAUUGGGUGCUUCACAUCUUCCCUACUUCGCAGCUGCUGUAGCUGCUGCUUCGAAUUUAUCACCGAAAAGCCCGGCACCACCAUCAGAUCUGUGGAAUGGUAAGAUGAAACAUUCUGGGCCUGCUCCUAGCGACGCUACUAAGGCCCUAGAGAAAAUGAGUGAGUUGAGCAAAUUGGGAGGUGAAGAUCUCUUUCGGACGAUGGCCAAUCAACCCUCCCAGAACUCGGCAAGUAAUAGACAUAGCGCCUGGCAAUCCCAUUGGCUUAAUAAAGGAGCCGAACAAGCUAAGGACGUUUUGAAAUGUGUUUGGUGCAAACAAAGUUUUCCCAGUUUGGCAGCUAUGACAACACAUAUGAAAGAAGCUAAACAUUGUGGCGUAAAUGUUCCAGUCCCUCCAAUGCAAUCGCAAAAUUUGAUUCCGCAACCCCAAAUGACGCCACCGAAUACAAAUAGCAGUAGUUCUGCGGGUAGUUCUAAUAAACCAAUGUCUUCUGAUCUCAAUAUGUUGAUAAAAGAAACAAUGCCAUUGCCUAGGAAAUUAGUAAGAGGACAAGAUGUAUGGCUUGGUAAAGGCGCGGAACAAACCAGACAGAUCCUGAAGUGUAUGUGGUGUGGUCAGAGUUUCAGAUCGCUAGCAGAAAUGACGAGUCACAUGCAGCAAACUCAGCAUUACACAAACAUAGUGUCUCAGGAACAAAUAAUCUCUUGGAGGUCAAGCGAUGACAGUAAAGGAGGUGGAGGUGGAGGUGGUCCAGGUGGAAAUCCUCCACCCAGUGGUGCCAGUAGUCAUGUUAGUGCUGUUCUCACUUGUAAAGUUUGUGAUCAAGCCUUCAGUUCGUUGAAGGAACUCAGCAACCACAUGGUCAAAAAUUCCCAUUACAAGGAACACAUUAUGCGGUCAAUUACUGAAAGCGGUGGUAGAAGGAGGCAAACCAGAGAGAAAAGAAAGAAAUCGUUGCCAGUACGAAAGUUAUUGGAAUUAGAAAGAGCUCAACACGAUUUCAAGAACGGCGAUAAUGGCCUCCUCGAUAAAAUGAGAGAAACAACAAGUGCAGGUAGAAUAACUUGCGAAAAAUGUGGACUCAAAAUUGAAACAUCUCUUUUCGUCGACCACAUUCGACAGUGUAUUGGAGGUGGAAGUAUAGGUUCUCAUCAAAGGAACUUUCUCAAGAGUGCUUUAAUAUCAAAUAGCAUCCUACCUCCAGAAUCACCAACACGAGACAAAGUAAAAUCAGAAGACAAAUCACCAUCACCUGUAUCUCAGAACAGAUCAUCCAGUGCCGAUCUGAGCGGAAAAGAAACUCCUCAAGGCACUGAAAACAACAACGGAUCCUCACCAUCGGUUCUUAACGCAAUAGAGAAACUAAUAGAGAAAAGUUUCGAUUCAAGGCAAAGACAAAAUGCGGCUUACCCAGGUCACGGAAAUAUAAACGCACCUAUGGGAUCCAGCAUCUUGAAACGUUUAGGCAUAGACGAAAGCGUCGAUUACACCAAACCCUUAGUUGAUGCCCAGACAAUGAAUUUAUUGCGUUCCUACCACCAACAACAACAAAACCAUUACGCAAGAAGGGAGAGAAGCGGAAGUGAAUCUAGUUCCAUAUCAGAAAGAGGAAGUAGUCGCAUUGAUGCGCUUACACCUGAGAGAAAAAUGGAUCCUCCUGGUGUUCCGUUGAACAGUAGUACCCCAAGAUCCACUCCUGACAAGAGGGAGAAGUCUCCCUACAAUGAAAAGAACGAAUGCCACUCUGAUACAGAAAUGAAGGUGAAGAAAGAGGUUGAUGGUGAUGAAUGUCCGAGAGUAGAAGAACAAAAUACUGAGGUUGUAGUGAAGAAGGAAUGCACGGACGAUGAAGACGAGAGGCAGAGUUACCAUAGCAGUGGUGGAAUAAGAAAUGAGGACGAAGACAAAGUCCCCUUGAGUCCUAAGCAGUCAAUGACACCUGCUGAAAAUGUACAGCCUAAUAGUCCAUGUAGGAAUAGUACUAGUAGUCCCGCAAGUAGUGAUAGAUCUGGUACUCCAAGGAGUACAAACGGUGACAAAAAACCAGGUGGAAGUCUUGGCGCCUUAAGUUCUAUGUUUGACAAUCUCUCGGGUACUUCUAAUGAGAACCCCGCGCCGUCUACCGGUAAAAAAGGUUCGUCUCAUCCCUUAGCAGCGCUUCAGAAACUCUGUGACAAGACUGAAACUCAUACCAAUACAAGACCUCAUUCCUCAUCCAGUCAACCUGUUCCUAACCCAAAUCCAACAACGGUUUCAACUUCUGGAACCACACCCGGUGCAAUAUUAGCCUUCAGUUGGGCAUGUAACGACGCAGUGAUGACGUCAGACUCGAUUAUGAAGUGCGCGUUUUGUGAUACUCCCUUUAUUUCGAAAGGUGCUUACAGACAUCAUCUAUCCAAGAUGCAUUUCGUGAAAGAUGGCAUCAUACCUGACCCAGUGGCGUUGAAGAGCAAUCAGCCUAGUUCGUCCAGUAGUGGGGUGCCUCUGAAAGGAACUCAAAUGCCAAAUGUCCCAGGUAGUUCAGGUAGUUCUAAAAGUCCUCCAGUACCGUCAGGUUUCGAAGAAAGUCCUCAUUCGAAAUUCUUGAAAUACACGGAGUUAGCGAAGCAGUUGUCGAGUAAAUAUGUAUAAAACUUUCAAUCAUUCCUCUUUUGUAAUAUAGUCUAGCAGACAACCGCUACAAGCGGCCAUAUUGUGAUGUUAUCAUAUCGUCAACCAAUUUAGUAAUAAUUAUUGAACGUGUUCUAAGUUGUACAGUUGCAAAAAACAAAACUUCAGAAGUGAUUAUGAUUGUUAUACGAAUUUAAAGUCACAUAAUGUAAAUAAUUGUGCAUAAGUCGGUAUUGUAAGAUAUUUACCCCAUUUCAGAUAUAUUUCACAAGCCAAGAAAAAUCAAAACUCCCUUCCUAUGUGUUACAUGAAUUGUCAAUAUCAUAGGAAACUCCGAUACGAUUUUCCAAUUCAAUGAAAAACUUGUAUAAACUACCUAUUUAUUUAUUUUGUACAUUUCGAUUUUAUUAGUGAUUAGGAAGUGAGUUUUUAGAUUCACAUUGUUUCGAGGUUGUGCAGUAGAGAAUAUUGAGAAAACGUACUAGAAUUUAGGUUAGAAAGAUUGGUUGGAAGAAAUCUGUACUACUCAGUGAAUCUGAAUGUUCUAAACGAUAUGUUCGUUUAGAAUCGAAAGAUACAAAAGUUAGCUGUUGUACUAUGAUACUGAGUUCGAAAAUUGUAGGAUUAUAUGAAAAAAAUUGUUUAUCGGAAAUGGUUACAGCUCUGCAUACUGUGCGAAAAUUUUGAAAACAGAAAAUGAAUCGACUGAUGACGUGAAAAAUAAUUCUGAUAUUUUUUUAAUAUUCAACAUUUUUCACAGUAUGUGGUUGUAACUGUUAAAAUUUUCGUGAAACUACAAACAUCUUGUAUACGUAUAUUGCAAAUAUCUCUUCUUCCAAGAAAAAUUUAAAAAUAUAUUUAUCAAUCAUUAUUAUACUGAUGAAUACAAAAGAUGUAUACGCAUUAGCUCAUAUUCAUGGCGAAGCUCUUUUAUGUUUUGAAGAAAUUUUAAACUUUAUUUAAUAUUUUGUUGUAUUUGAUUGCAAAAGAAGCUCAAAUAAAUAUAUGUU